AUGUCUUUCUUAUAUCGAUCCUUCGUCAACUCGAUUCUACCGAAGCAGUUGCUUCGCUUCGUCUUAGCACGCCUAGACAUCCUCGACUCCCAGGCACUCGACCUAGACAACCUCAACUUUGCUAUUGGGCGAAAUACUGUUCUAGAGUUUCGUGAUGUUGGACUUAUUCUAUCCAAACUCGAAGCCCUAGCGAAACUACCCCCAACCUUCAAGUUCCAAAAGGCCAAAGUCCUCCUACUACGCAUCACAUUACCGGUCGAUAUCUUCAAUAGUUCAAUAACAAUCGACGUUGAAGGUGUUGAUGUUAGGUUACGGGUGGCGUCAAAGCAAGAGCAGGAUGAACAAACAGCCAAGAAGAAGGGAACACACAAGGAGGGCGAUGAAGUUGUGCCAACUGCUGCCGACCUAGCACAGUCUUUCCUGCAGACGGCAGUCCCGGCCGACGAGAAGAGGCGGCUGGAAAAGGCUCUCGCUGAGGAAGUACAGGAGGCGUUGGCCGAGUCCAUGAGCGACUCCGAAACUGAUGACGAUGGCUCCUUUGCUACCUUUGGCACCGGUCAGGGCUUGUCGUUGCCAGCCUUCUUCACCAACUUCCUGCAGGGCAUCAUCGACAGGCUCCAGAUCCGAAUUCACAAGGUCACCUUCCAACUCGAUAUGGAAGUACCCGUCGAACCGGGUCUAUCGACGACCGAGCUCGUUACCCUCCAGCUGGCGCUGGACGAGGUCAUUGCGGAAGGAGUCAUGGCACCGGAACAACAAGAAAAUGGCUCACUUGCGAUAGUACCGAGGGAAGGCAAGCGUCAUAUCCUCCUGGACAAUCUCCGGGCAUUCCUGAUUACGGAAGCGAACGUAUUCUCUUCCCUAUUACCGACUCAGUCAGCACAGUCAUUGGUGAAAUCCCAGGGAUCAGUACCCCAUGAUGUACCGUCAACAUUUCCCGAUAUGUCGUGUUCAAUGCAGUCAUCAAUGGGGGGCUUGGAUAUGAGCUUAAACCCAGAUCAGAUCGAAGCCCUGGACAUGCUUGCACAGAGCCACUACGAGGCACGCGAUAGCGAAGAUGCUUUGAAUAUUCCGUAUGAGGACGACACCGGGGAUCCAGAAGCCGAAGAGAAUGUUGAUGGAUCUUCGCCUCUUUCGACGCCCAGGGCUUCCAUCUACCAGGAACAUGACGCACCGAUUCUCCAGGACCAUGCCAACUCAGCUGUCAUGCAACAUCAACCGGAACUAUGGUCGUCCUACGAGCGGGGGAUUCGAUCCGAACCCGCUCUUAAUCUGACGAGUUUCCAGCCUCUGGAUAUGCUCUCUGGUGCCGUGUCUCCGGCACACUCUGCGCCAUCUUCGUCUGCUAGUUCAGUACGGUCGGACGAUGAUGUACCAAGCGCUGACGUGGAGGAUCUCGCACAGUCACAUCUCUACAGCCACGAGGAGGCCGAGAGUAUGUACAUGAGCGCGUUCUCCGAUGCUCGUUCAACGAUGAUUCCCGGAACCAACAUGCCAGGGGGUUGGGAGUCUGAAUCGUCCGGGGGCGAGUCGGCCUCAGAGCAAAGCCCCCCGAGCACUCAACCUCCGGUUGCACGCGAACUGCCACCAUCCCCCAGCGAUAACCCGGAACUACCUGACCCACGACCUCCCCCCGAAUCGAUCCAAGGUGAUGGACCACACCACGAAGAUACACCACGCGGGAUUACGCGAAUGGUCAAGGAGAUCGUGUCAUUGGACUCCAUCUCCGUUUACGUUCCGUCAACGAGAAAGCAACAGAUUCCUAUACCAGUCACUAAUCUUGCGAAGUCGAAUCCUAAACUUCCAGGAGCGUUUUCAGUUCAUCAGUCAUAUUACAGUAAUACUACGGAUCAGUCAAAGUUCUUAACUCCUGAGGAACCUGAAGAGGAUCACCAUGACGAGGGCAUCGAAGUCGUUUUCAAGCCUCUGACACUGCGGUUCGAUUCAUCAGUGGGAUUCCUGCUUGCCAUGGUCGUUACACGGCUGCUGGAAGCAUUUCAAGGGUCACCAGAUGAGACUGCGAAAAUUGAGCCAUCCAAGGAUGAAUCGAGUAUACCUGAUAUCAAGGUUACCUUGGAACAGGUAACCGUGCAGUUCCUGGAGAAGCUGGCUGGCGUAGCCGAUACCGCGAAGAGGAUAUUUGAGACACGACAACCUGCCUUCGGCUCGGAUGUCCUCCUUGAGGCCAGCCUUACGAACUUGAACGCAUCUACGCAGAAGUCCGAAUCCCAAACGGAGGUAAAUAUCGGCAUCGAGAAGUUCACGUUCGGUUAUGCCGACGAACCCAUCGUCUCGUUCAAGAGCGAGACUGAAUUGGUCAGCUCCACAUCGACUGUUGGUGCGUUACCCAUUGGAAAGGACAUUGCAGUCAAGGCCACUAUCACAUCCGACGUGACUCGGGUUGACGUGAAGACAUUACCUCUCUACAUGAAGCUCGAUUUACAGAGGUUGGACGAGACAUUCAGCUGGUUUGGAGGACUGAGCAGUUUCCUUAACAUGGGAUCGUCAGAGGCCUCCGUAGAGAAGGCUGUACAGAAACCAACGAAACCCCCUCAAAAGGCCCGGGGCGUGCGCUUCGAAGACUCGAUUGAUUCUAUGGAGAAGCGGUCAGAGAGCAAGAUUGAUGUGCGCAUCAACGGUGUGCAAGUGGACGUGAUCGGCAAAGACUGCAGUGCAGUCCUGAACACGAGUGCCAUGAAGCUAGCACACCGCGAAGAACUAAUCGGCAUUCACUUUUCUACGAUCAGGCUCUCCGGACCUUUCGUGAAGAAUUCCCGUGCCAUGCCGCCAGUCAUUCUAGAAUUGACUAAUACAAUGCUGAAAUACGUCUUGACGCCUCGGACCGAGGAUCUCGAACGGCUUCUUGAGCUUAUUACACCCUCAAAGGUCAAGUUCGAUGAGGACGAGGAUGAGAUCAUGGUGGAUACCUUGCUAAGGCAGAGGAGGAAGGGGUCAGUUCUUGAGUUGACCGUUGGUAUUGUUAAAGUGAGGGCGGGCAAUCUGGCUCUGCUUGACUGUAUCCCGAGUUUGGUGGAGGAUCUUACCAAGCUGGGGACAGUCGCAAAGUAUCUACCGGAAGAUGACAGGCCAGGUCUGCUUACGCUUGGGCAGGUCAAAAACGUGGACUGUGAAGUUGAUGUCGGAGGCAGGUUUGGUGUUGUCAACGCGCGACUGGAAAACGUUGAGUUGGCUCAGAUCACAGUACCGUCGUUGGUGGCAGUCGCGGUCGGCGUUAUCGAGGUCAACCGGAAUGAGAAGGACGGUUCGAAGAAAGAGGAGCUGGUCAAGCUUUUCGGCCUGAACGUGGACUACCGAGUAACGACAGUCAUGGACGUGCUGGGGCUUUCUCCGGAAGACACAACACCGGAGGAAUAUGAUGCCCAUUUGGCUGCUUCCGUCGCGAACCUUGGAGGCCAGGCGACUGCCGCUCUGAGGAGACAAGACACGCCAGAGAGCCCAGUGGUGGAAAAGGAGUUCAAGCCCAUAAAACUUGAUGUUGCCUUCCGCGACUGCGUCAUUGGCCUCAACCCUCUUGGACGACCUUCAAAGUUGGCUAUCGUACUUGCAGACUCGCAUCUGGAAGCCAUUCCCGGCAAGGACAACACUCUUGACGCUACAGCAACCUUGAAGAAGGCGUGCAUUCUUCUCAUUGACGAUGUGAAAACCCUGCAAGACGUCCAGAUCAACACACGAGGACGCACCCCAGCCAUGAGCACCCCUCAGGCUCAUGAACUUUGCAAAAAGGGAUUCGUCAGCAUUUGCGAGAUAUCAUCCGCAAAGGCUGUCGUCAAGGUUGGCAAGGAUGAUGAUGGGGAAUCUCAUGUUGAGGUGUCUGUCCGUGAUGACCUGCUUGUUCUUGAGACUUGCGCGGAUUCGACACAGACACUUAUCUCAUUGGCCAACGCACUCACGCCACCGACUCCCCCUAGCAAGGAGAUCAAGUACAGGACAUCCGUGUUGCCUGUUGAAGACCUGUUUGCGUCUAUUACCCAUGAUGCUUUUGGCAGAGCAGAGGGAGAGUAUGACUUUGACAAUGACUUUGCCGGUGCUCAAGGCAUGGAGUACGGGAAUGAAGACGACGAUGACUACUAUGGCAUAGGAAGCACGGAGCAUCUCGAGGUACAGUCAGAGGGGUAUGGUGUCGCAGAGGAGCUAUUUGAUGCUACUAACAGUUCGAUACUGGACGGCGAUAUUGAGGUGGAGAAUACGAAGGACGGCAUGCUCGUCAGCGCAGCAAACCUUGACGAGCCUCCGGCUAGCAGCCAGAGUGAGAGUGACCUGGAUAUCCAGGAGAAUUACUUCUCUUCUGAACCGGUUCAGCACACGACGCCCCGCUGGAACUCGAGGAAGAACCUUUACGAACAGUCGAGUGAUUCCAAGGUCUCAAAGAGCCCUCUUGUCAUCUACGUUCGGGAUGUUCAUGUCAUCUGGAAUCUGUACGAUGGCUACGACUGGGUUCGCACGCGGGAGAUUAUCACCAAGGCGGUCCAGGAUGUGGAGGCUAAGGCAUACGAACGCAAGGCUCGAGCUGAACGCCACACUCAUGAGGACGAAGGAGAUGAAGCAUCCGUCGUUGAUGACUGCUUGUUCAACUCGAUUUAUAUCGCGGUGGGACCCAACGGUGACCCAACCAACCUCCGACGAGCUAUAAACCAGGAGUUGCAGUACCAGGACACCACCACCGAAACCGAGUCCAUUGCCACCACGGCAUUCACCACCUCGACUGCCCGCGCUUCAGGACACCGUCAAUCGCGGCCAAGGGGGAAGACGCUGAAGCUUAGCCGCAGUAAGAACCACAAGAUCACGUUCGAGCUGAAGGGCGUCAACAUCGACGUGGUGACCUUCCCACCCGGCAACGAGACGAUCAACACCAUUGAUGUUCGCAUCCACGAUUUGGACGUCUUCGACCAUAUUCGGACCUCAACAUGGAAGAAGUUCGCCAUGUACGACAUUGAUGCAGGCGAACGGGAGCUUAGUAGGCACAUGGUCCAUCUUGAGGUUCUCAACGUUAAGCCUGUUCCUGAUCUGCCGGCUACGGAGCUUGUGGUCAAGGUCAACAUCCUUCCACUAAGACUUCACGUCGACCAGGACGCUUUGGACUUUAUCACGAGGUUCUUUGAGUUCAAGGAUGAGUCGCAGCCUAUUCAUCAGUCAACUAGCGAUGUGCCGUUUGUUCAGCGCUGCGAGGUCGGUGACGUGCCGAUACGGCUGGACUUCAAGCCAAAGCGGGUGGAUUAUGGUGGGCUGAGGCUCGUGCUGAGACAUGUUAUCUUGUAUGGUGUGUCUGGACUCGACACGCUGGGCCAGAAGCUCAACGACAUCUGGACCGCCGACGUCAAGUCAACCCAACUCCCUGGCGUCCUAGCCGGCGUGGCGCCUGUCCGCUCGCUCGUUAAUGCCGGCUCUGGUUUCAAGGAUCUCAUCGAGAUUCCCAUCAGGGAGUACAAGAAGGACGGUCGAAUCUUCCGCAGCAUCGGUAAAGGAGCGACAGCAUUCGCAAAGACCACGGGCACAGAAGUCGUCAAGCUAGGUGCCAAACUCGCCAUUGGUACUCAAUACGCCCUCCAAGGCGCCGAAGGCAUGCUAGCCAAGAGCCCUCCCACAGGCAGCCACAACUAUGCCCACGCCGGCCCUUCAUCCUCCUCGGUAGCCGCAGCAGGCGGAGGAGACUAUGACGUUUUGGACGAAGAUGAGUUCGCCGAUGACCACACACCCAAGGCAAUCAGUCUCUACGCCGACCAACCCUUGGGUAUCAUGCAAGGCAUGCGUGGCGCCUACGCCAGUUUGUCUCGGGAUAUUGCGAUUGCCAGAGACGCGAUCAUUGCGGUGCCUACUGAAGUGAUGGAGAGCUCGAGCGCGCAGGGAGCGGCGAAGGCGGUACUGAUGCAGGCGCCGACGAUUUUGUUCAGGCCGGCGAUCGGGGUGAGCAAGGCUAUUGGGCAGACGUUGCUGGGUGCGACAAAUGCGUUGGAUCCGAAUCAUCGGAAGAGGAUUGAGGCGAAAUACAAGAAGCACUAA